AUGGCGUCAAAUAUUAACGUCCCUCUUCUCUCCAUCCCAUUUUACUACGUGCUCGCCAUUUUCCCACAUGGCUGGGCAAUCUCCAAAGCUGCCAAAGGUGACAUGAAUCGUCACGACAACCGCAAUCCAAAGGGCUCGACCUUCCAUGAAUCAUUGCGCAAGCGCCUCACAUCAGCUGAGUUCGCUGCAUUCGAGCGAGCGGAAUCUUGCCACAGAAACCACUUGGAGAAUAUGCCUCUUUACGUUGCUGCCGUCUUCGCAGGACUGCUUGCGGAGAAUAAGUUGGGCAAAGGAAGCGUUGGACUGGAAAGCUUCGUGUAUGGCUGGAACCUGAUCCGGAUUCUGUACACGGCGAAUUAUUUGACGACUGAGACGAGGACUUGGAGUUAUUUGCGAAGUCUUUUGUAUUUCGCGGGUACUGGAUGGGCGUUUGGGAUUCUUUAUCGUGCUUCGAAGGCUGUGGGAGAGCAGAAUUAG